AAAUUGAAGGCGAAAGAACUACAUUUCCCAGAAGCCUCGAGGCCAGCUUCCGGUUCUUCCACCGGAAGUCGGGCAGAGGAGCCUGGCUUCGGGUCGAGGAGGGAAAAUGGAGGAGAUCGGGAUCCUGGUGGAGAAGGCGCAGGAUGAGAUUCCUGCUCUCUCCAUCUCCAGACCACAGACUGGCCUCUCUUUCCUAGUUCCUGAGGCCGAGGAUGUAGAAGAUCUGUACAGUCGAUAUAAGAAAUUGCAACAGGAGCUAGAGUUCCUGGAGGUUCAAGAAGAGUACAUCAAGGAUGAGCAGAAGAACCUUAAGAAGGAAUUUCUACAUGCCCAGGAGGAGGUGAAACGCAUCCAGAGCAUCCCACUUGUCAUUGGACAGUUCCUAGAGGCGGUGGAUCAAAAUACGGCCAUUGUUGGAUCCACCACAGGCUCCAACUAUUAUGUCCGGAUCUUGAGCACCAUUGAUCGAGAACUGCUAAAGCCCAACGCCUCUGUGGCUCUACACAAGCACAGCAAUGCUUUGGUGGAUGUGUUGCCUCCUGAGGCUGACAGCAGCAUUAUGAUGCUUACUUCAGAUCAGAAACCAGAUGUGAUGUAUGCUGAUAUUGGAGGAAUGGAUAUUCAGAAACAGGAAGUGAGGGAAGCAGUGGAGCUGCCGCUCACUCACUUUGAGCUCUACAAACAGAUUGGAAUUGACCCUCCACGAGGUGUGCUCAUGUAUGGCCCUCCUGGCUGCGGAAAGACCAUGCUGGCCAAAGCAGUGGCCCAUCACACCACAGCUGCCUUCAUCCGGGUGGUGGGAUCUGAGUUUGUGCAGAAGUACCUGGGUGAGGGACCACGCAUGGUACGAGACGUCUUUCGCCUGGCCAAAGAAAAUGCCCCUGCCAUCAUCUUCAUUGAUGAGAUUGAUGCCAUUGCCACCAAGCGCUUUGAUGCCCAGACUGGAGCGGAUAGGGAGGUUCAACGCAUCCUCUUGGAGCUACUCAACCAGAUGGAUGGCUUUGACCAGAACGUCAAUGUCAAGGUAAUAAUGGCCACAAAUCGAGCAGACACUCUGGAUCCUGCUCUGCUCCGACCAGGUCGCCUCGAUCGUAAAAUUGAGUUUCCUCUUCCGGACCGACGUCAAAAACGAUUAAUCUUUUCUACCAUCACCAGCAAGAUGAACCUGUCUGAGGAGGUGGAUCUGGAAGACUAUGUGGCCCGGCCAGAUAAGAUCUCAGGAGCUGACAUCAACUCCAUUUGCCAAGAGGCUGGGAUGCUUGCUGUCCGGGAAAACCGCUACAUUGUUCUGGCCAAGGACUUUGAGAAGGCCUAUAAAACUGUCAUCAAGAAAGAUGAACAGGAACAUGAAUUCUACAAAUAAAGAUGGGGAAAGCAGGACGGAGACUGUGGGUCAAUUGUCUCAGUCCUUGGUGGGGUGGGUAGGUAGGUAUGGGCUUUUCAGGGGUGGGUUGUAUGUCUGGUGUCAGUGAGUGAAAUUUAUCCUGUGAAUAAAUACUUACCCAGGA